CAGCUCACCAUGAGCACGGAGCGCCCGGCUCGCGGCCCCGAUGCAUCCGCGGCGCCUGCCACAGCUGCUCUGUGCCACCCUCCUCCUGGCACUUCUGCUCUGGGGCCUGCUGCUGGUCGCGGAGGAUGCCCGGGGGGCCUGGGCCGUCUCCAGCCGCUUCCCCCUGGCCCGGGGCAGGUGGCGCUUUGGGGGCGCAGCCCCUGUCCCCAGCGGAGUGGACUUCGCGUCCCUGCUCGCCAGCCCGGGCGCAGCCCCGCGCUGUGAGCCGGGGCAGGUGCUCCUCGUCUUGGUGACGUCCGCGCCGGGUAACCGGGAGCAGAGGCGCACGAUCCGGAGGACGUGGGGCGCCCAGGGCGAGCUGGUGCCGCUCCAGUGGCAGGCCGUGUUCCUAGUGGGGCAGGCGGCGGAUGCUGGGACCGCCGACCGUGUCCGGCGGGAGCAGCAGGACUUCGGGGACAUCCUGGUGGGCAGCUACCAGGACACGUACCGGAACCUGACGCUGAAGGUCAUGCACGGGCUCAAGUGGGCGGCCGAGCGGUGCCGGCCCCGCUACAUCCUCAAGACGGACGACGACUGCUUCGUCAACACCGACCGGCUCCCGGGCUUCCUGGCGCAGCUCGGCCCCGUCCCCGCCGGGCUCUACGCCGGCUCCGUCUUCUCGCGCGAGAAGCGGCAGGUCAUCCGGGAGCCCUCCAGCAAGUGGUACGUGUCGCGGCAGGACUACGGCCCCGACGAGUACCCGCCCUACGCCAGCGGCAUCGGCUACGUGCUGUCGCUGGAGGCGGCUGCCCGCGUGCUGGCGGCCGCGGAGCGCGUGCGGCCCAUCCCCGUGGAGGACGCCUACGUGGGCAUCCUGGCGGAGGCGGCGGGCAUCCGGGCGCAGGCCAGCGCCCGCUUCGCCAAGCACAACGUGCAUUGGCGCGUGUGCAACUACCGCUACCUGAUGGUGAUCCACCACCUGAGCCCGCCCCAGCAGGAGGCCGCCCGCCGCAGCAUGCUGCAGGCCCGCGACGCCUGCCGCGACAGCGUGGAGGUCACGCGCUGGAGGUGACUGGCCCGGGGCCCCAGGCAUGCGGCCUGCUCGGGGGUGGUGCCCAGCCGGGCAUCUCAGCCCCAGGCUGGAAGCAGUCCAGGAAAACUAAGCUGUGCAGCUCCUUCUGUAACCCAGUUUUCAGCACUAACGGGGGCUGGGCUCCACUCCCAGCCUGACCCUGGAUGACCUUGGGCGUCACUGCCCGCUCCCUGUCCCAGCUCCCUUCACACUAACCGACUAACCUUGCCAAGCCCUGCCUACUCCUAUCUGCUGCCAGCAGGAGCAGCCCAGAGGCCUGCACACAGCGAUAGAGCCUGUCCUAGGGUCAUAGUUGUAGAGAAGUGGGGCUGGCAAGGACCUCAAUGGUCACAUCCAGUCCAGCCCCUGCCUGAGGCAGGAUCAGCCCUGUGCAAACCAGCCUAGGCACAUCCACAGUCCAGCUUCUGAGCAGCGCGACACCGUCACCCUGAAACGGCCCCAGGCAUCGUCCCUGACCCGUGCAGGGAAAGCAGGGGGCUGUGGCAGCCAAAGUCCUGCUGCUGCAAAGGACAUUAAACGUUUGAGAGACCCCAGGCAGAGGCCCUGCCACACUGCAGAGGAAGGCAACCCCCUCCGGACCUAUCUGAUCGGGGGGAACCCUUUCCUGCCCCCAGUGCAGC